GGCGUCCGGGCCUGGUCUCCUCGGCGACCGCGGGGUUGCUGGUCCUCUCUGAAAGGGUCUCGUUCACACGUGCUGUGCGAGCCCUGGAGCCAUGGGCACCCCUCCGGGCCUGCAGACCGACUGCGAGGCGUUGCUCAGCCGCUUUCAGGAGACGGACAGUGUGCGCUUCGAGGACUUCUCCGAGCUCUGGAGGAGAAUGAAGUUUGGGACCAUCUUCUGUGGUAGAAUGAGAAAUUUAGAAAAGAACACAUUUACAAAAGAAGCUUUAGCUUUGGCUUGGCGAUAUUUUUUACCUCCAUACACAUUCCAGAUCAGAGUUGGUGCUUUGUAUCUUCUGUAUGGACUAUAUAACACCCAGCUGUGUCAACCAAAACAAAAGAUCAGAGUUGCCCUGAAGGAUUGGGAUGAAGUUUUAAAAUUUCAGCAAGAUUUGAUAAACGCACAACAUUUUGAUGCAGCUUAUAUAUUUAGGAAGCUACGACUAGACAAAGCAUUUCACUUUACAGCAAUGCCCAAAUUGCUGUCAUAUAGAAUGAAGAAAAAAAUUCAACGAGCUGAAGUUACAGAAGAAUUUAAGGACCCAAAUGAUCGCGUAAUGAAACUUAUCACAUCUGAUGUAUUAGAGGAAAUGAUGAAUGUUCAUGAUCAUUAUCAGAACAUGAAACAUAUCAUUUCAGCUGAUAAGUCCAAGCCAGACACAGCCCUUAGUUUGAUAAAGGAUGAUUUUUUCGACAAUAUUAAGAACAUAGUUUUGGAGCAUCAGCAGUGGCACAAAGAUAGAAAGAAUCCAUCCUUAAAAUCAAAAAUGAAAGGUGGAGAAGAAAAGAAAGAAGGAGAUUCACAAGAACCAGAGAAAUGCGAAAGGGCAGAAGCAUUAGCAAAAAUAAAAUCAAAGGCCUUUUCAGUUGUCAUUCAGGCAUCCAAGUCAAGAAGGCAUCGUCAAGUCAGACCUGACUCUUCUGAUUCUGAUACUGCAUCUGGUCAAGGACAAAUUCAAGCAACCAGAAAAAAAAGAAACAAAGAAACAUUGAAAUCAGCAGGGAAGAAUAUGUCUUCCAGAAACAAAGGUGACAUGCAGAGCAUAAAUAAGGAAGACAAAUCUUUAUGUCUCAGUAUGCCUGUGAUUACAGAAGAUGAGGAGGAUGAAAGUUUUAGUGUAUCAGGGUUCACUGCCCCUAAGAGGAAAAGAAAACACUGAACAAAGAGCCUGGUGUCAAGUUUUUAAUUUUGAGCUUUCUGAUGAAGAAAAGAUGCAUGUUUUGUGUACUGAAGAGGAAGGCUACAAAUGUCGAAAAAAUUGUUCUGGGAAACUGUAGGUGAUUCCUUUGAAAUAGUAAUACUUUAACACAGUUCUAGAAUAAAAGUAAAAAAAAAAAAAUUGGAGUAAGAAUUUACUUUGAAAUGUAACUUUUUUAUAUUUUCUUUUAUGAAAUCUAUGUAAAUGGAGAUUAAAAUUGAAUUUAGAAUGUAAUCAAAAUAGCCCUGUUACUUGCAGAUUUACUAUUUCCUAUAACUUUUGGUGAUAUUAUACUAUCCUAGUACAGUUUUGGCAAUAUUAACAAUUCUGUUUUAUUUAAAGUUGUUUACUUGAAAUAUUAAUGCUUAUUGUAUGUAAAUCGUGAAUUAUUUUGUAUCUACAGUCUGGUAGUGGAUUUAUUUAUGAUGUACAUUUACUAUUUUGUAUUUUGGACAGUUAA